AUGGACUUCAUUUCAACACUAAUAUUGAAUAGCUGUUUAGUGGAUGGACUGGCUCAGCCGGAAACAUUUCAAUACUCUCUCAUCUACAUUUCUGCACUUUUGAAAUUUCUUCAGGGCAAUGGAGCCAUGGGCGGAUUUCUUAAUACAAUGCGAUCCUAUUUAUGGAUCCCUAUACAGCAGUACACUACCAGGGAAUUGGAGGUGGAGCUAUUUGCACAUCUGCACUCUCUGUCAUUGCGAUGGCAUCUUUCUCGGAAAACUGGACUUGUCCUCCGUGUAAUGGACAGAGGCACCAGUUCAGUGAACAGCAUUUUGAACUACAUCUUAUUCAAUAUCGUUCCAACAAUUGCGGACAUUAUUAUCGCUGUGGUAUUCUUCUUCUCGACGUUCAAUUUCUAUUUUGGUGGUAUAGUGCUUGUGACAAUGGUUUUGUACCUUGGUAAGGGAUAUCCCAAACGCAAUCGAAUACCAUCCAACAAAUGGACAAAUUGUGGUGAAAGAUCUCACAUUUGCCUACAACGAGAACCGAAUAGUGCUGAAUGA